AUGUCAGCAACGGCACCUGCGGGUGCAUCUGUGGCAGCGCCUAACGGGACCAAUACGACACCAAAUAAGAAUUCACCACAUCUUCACUCAGUAGCCAGCAGCCUGCGGUCGUGCCUGGAUGGAAUGCUACCGGAUAAUCUGCGUAACGACAGCGCCGCUUUCCAGCAACAUUUAUCACAGCAAAAGACACGUUUACAAACUGAAAAGAACACAUGGCGCUUUGGUCUUAACUACCUUUUUGAGACACUAAAGCAGCACAAAGAUUGGUACGGACGAAAUCAACAAUUCGUUCAAUUGCGCAAGGAUGUCAAGCGAUUUGAAUCCCAUGUAGCUACUUUACGAACAAUUUUGGCCGAGAGUGUUAGCAAAUUAGAUCUUGAAGCAGGAUUGCGAGGCGCGGAGCUUGAAGGUCGUGUAGGUGCAUAUAAAGUUAUGUUUGAGGUCACGAAAAUUGUGUCCAAGUUGAGUCGCCCACUUGUCAAGCUCCAGAUUCUUAAACCGAAUGAGUCGUCACUCUCGGUAUAUUGUGACACAUUUGUGCUGGACAUUGUGCUAUCUGGAGGAGAGGGUGCCGUCGAGUCAGCAUCACUAACGACUGUAGAGAAAGAUCAAACCAGCCAAUUUCCCGACCGAGACGAAGAUUUACUAGUCUCAUUAAAAUUACUUGCGAAUGGAGAUAGUAAAACGUUUACGGAGAAGCUCAAUCGACUUAUUAACCGUGCGGAACUUGCAGUUAAAUUUCCAGCGCUAAACUUUGAACAACUAGAGCUUGACCUGUUUGCUAAAGUGACGGAUGCAUGCAGCCAACAGAAGUACUGGACGGCUAAACGCGCAGUCGAGGGUGUACGAAUCGUGUUUAAAGACCCAUUUGCUUGCAUUCCCGUGCUUGAACCACCCCGGAAACGUGUGAAACUCGACGAAGUACACGUUUCUACUACUCCCGUCGGUAUUCCAAGCACAUCAUUAGGCACCGGAGAUGUAAAUGCCAUGGAUGAAAUCAAUGGAAUGGUGGAUGAUUCCGAUGACGUUUCUAAAUCUUCAUCAUUAACACAAACAGACAUUCUCGCUUCACUCGCAACUGGCGAGUGGACUGGUAGUAUCAGUUUUAUCGAAUGGCGUGGUCAAGUGGCACUUCACGUAGUGGGAGAAGCUCCGCUUGUGAUGGUUGGACAACAAGCUCGAAAACUGGCGCUUGUUGUCAUGCAGAAGCAGGAAGUUGCAGCGAAAGAUGUACACGAAGACGAAAAAUUGUUUAAUGAAUUUGUAAGCUGGACGACACCAGACGGGAAAAAGCCGAUUCUUCCGCGACUUCAUUUUGCGCAAGAUCACAGCAUUUGCUACGUCUUUCCACCUCGAUCGUCUUUGGCAAUGCGUCAAGAAUUUACGUUGACGACAAAAGAAAUUUCAGGAGGUUUAACACUGCACUCGUUUCCUAUUCCGCUAGCGAAUGCGUCGAUGGAGACGCUAACGAGUGUCUUGCAAGUCUGUGGUCGUAGUCUUUUUUUUCACGCGCUUUUGUUAUCGGUGUUUUGCUCAAAAAGCAACACGUUUGGCCAACGCAUUCCUGCUGACAACGACGAUGCAAUUCACGCUCAGAUCAAGGUUGACGUAGCAGCACCUGAACGCAUUACUAUGAAUACUGGAGACCUAUUUGGAGCCGAUCAACAAGUGUUGAUUGAAGUUAAUACCACACCAGAUUGUUCACUAGAACUCAGUGUCAAGUACCAGAUAGAGACAACACCUUCACUUCCAUUAGAAAAGACCCCGACAUUGCAGAAGCUCGCAAGUUAUCAAUGGCGCAACUGGUGA